AUGUCCUCCUCCUCGACAACCACAACAACAUCACCAUACCCUUUCGCCACCGCCCCCGACAUCAUUCGCUCUCACCAAAAGGAUGCAUACUUUACCGGUCAUCUCGCCCAGAUCCUCAGCGACCUGCACCGUCGCCUCCGCGGCGCCCGUCUAACACACACCCGCGCCCCCGAAAUCCAGACCCUCGCGACACUCGCCUACUUUGCCCUCACCACGAUCCCUGGUAAUCGCACACUCGGCGAGGAGUACUGCGAUCUUGUGCAGAUUGAUGCGCGCGACGGCCAACUGCCCGCCAUUGACCGUCGCGCCGGCUACGUGGCCGCCAGCAUUCUCCUGCCCUAUAUCGCUGCCCGGGUACUACCCGGACUGCGCGCCCAAGCUCGCAAGCUUCUGCAGCGGCGACUGGAAACCCUGCGCAAAAGGGAUGGCCAGUCAGCUACAGGGCGUGAGGCGCGCAUAUGGUCAUACCUGGAACAACAUCUGAGCUCUUUUACGUCGGGCGCUCCCUUCCAAGCUGUUAUUCUUGCACUUUUCUACUUUAGCGGCACAUAUUACCAAUUGUCUAAGCGACUCCUUUCCCUGCGAUAUGUCUUUACACGCACCGUCCCCGAUACGCCCGACCGCGCAGGGUAUGAGCUACUUGGUGUGCUGCUAGUUGUCCAGCUUGCCGUUCAGAGUUAUUCGCAUAUUCGCUCUACCAUCACCGAAUCAACGGCUCGCGAACGCGCCGCCUUCGGAUCGUCUGACGACAUCUCUCUCAAUCAUGAUGGUGCUUACAACCAAGACAACAACUUGUUGUUGUCCACAGGCGCACCAGGCUCCAAAACCAAAGUUGACAUCUUUGCUGCCACGCACACACCAGCAGCGACCGUGCCGCGCCUCCAGUUAACUGAUGAUAAGACUAUGGGCUACAUAAAGGGUGGACAGCAGAGAAAGUGCACCCUCUGCUUAGAAGAGAUGAAAGAUCCCUCAGCAACACAAUGCGGUCACGUCUUUUGCUGGGAGUGUAUAGGGGAUUGGGUGAGAGAGAAACCCGAGUGUCCAUUGUGUCGUCGGGAAGCCAUGGCCCAACAUAUUCUGCCGUUGCGAGUGAUGUAAUUUACUUUAACUUGUAUUUCAUCUGUAAAAAUAUACAGUACAGUUCAGAUGAACAGAUAUUAAUAUGCUCAACUACAUCCAAGUAACAGAUGCUUCAAAUAAUAAAAAGAGAUACCGAGGCUCAGCGCCACUGGGUAUCAUCAGAGCAGCUUUGAUGCUGCCAUAUAAAAAAAGUGCUUCAAACCUCCCGUGGUAUCCUUUCCAAUCCAAUCCGAUUCCUCAUGCAAGCCACCCAUUAUCCGCCAGUCGGCUUCCCAAAACAUAGUCUUGAAAAGAAUAAAAAUCUCGACACCAAGAAAAAAGGGCCCAUCCUUGCAUCAAGCAAAGGAUCGCCCACCCAAUCACUCCUUUGUAUACAUACUUAUACACAAUUACCGAUCGAAUUCAGGGGCCCAUCACUCGCAACCGCCAGGUACACACCUGCCGAGCUAGCUGAACCCCUUCAAUUCCAUCUGUCCCGUAAAAACUUGUACACAGAAUGAAAGCUUGUCCCAUAAAGGUAUCGUGAAAAAAACGUUGCUUCAAUGCAUCAGCGAACUCAUAACUCCUUAAUCCCAUGACCGGUCUCUGUCCGAUUCUUUGGCACAAUGUCCAGCUGUUGUUGGUUGGUUGAUAUGGUAAUGUUUUGGUUUU